UUUAUUACUUUGUACUCCAGUUUGAGAGAAGAUGAGAGAAUAUUUUUUAAUUACUUUCGGAUGUCAGAAAGAUCACUAGACGAACUACACGACAGGUUAGAAAAGGGUUUAAAAUUUUCAAAUCAAGUUAGGGUGACAAUUUCGUCAGUGGAGAGAUUAUGUGUAUGUAUAAGAUAUUUGGUAAGCGGCAACAUCUUUACUGACAUCCAUUACACCUACAGACUCGGUAUUUCAACUAUUAGUGAUAUUGUUAGUAUGCGACGAAAUUUGGAGAAUAAUCAAAGAGGAUUGUAUGCCGGAACUAUCCCGACAAAAGUGGCAAGACAUUGCAUUUGAUUUUGAAAAGUAUGCUAACUUCACAAACUGUAUUGGCGCUGUGGAUGGGAAGCAUAUACGUAUAAUUAAGCCCAUUAAAAGUGGUUCUCUUUGUAUCAAUUAUAAACACUUUUUU